AGUUAGGUACAAAAAACUCCUCUGCAGGUCUCAUGAUGCCUUUACCUAAGACCCGAUUUCGUAACCACAUCAACUUUUUGCCAGUCUGAGAGCUCCUGUUAGCUAAUUCCUUGCUAAUGGGAUCCAUCACGCGGUUACCCCAGAUUCCACUUAUACAUGUUACUAUACAUGUUUCCCUUACGAUUUGGGUCCCGCCAAGACGAUGGUUUUUCCUGUCCAAGUGCACCGGAAUCUGCCUGCCUGGUUCUAUUUUCCGAGUCUCCCAGCCCUAGGAAGCAAAAUUCGACCAGACCAUGUUGUCAUCUCCACGCGACGAGCUGCGCCGGCAACCUCGCCUAGCGUUUCACACAAAGUCUUGCGUGCGCCGCGUGCCUUAUGCCAUCUCCUUGGGGCCAUGAAAAAUUUUCCUUAAUGGGAUUUCUAUUCUACCCUAGGAUCGAGUACGUAGUUACGUAUCGUGGCCGGCUUUGUUCCUAUGUAAACUCUUGUCCUGGUGCCACGUGUGACAAAUCUGGAACUUUCUUGAGAACUAUGGUGUAAUUUAUGACAAAGGGGUUGCUCCCCUGGCCACGAUGAAAUUAUGUAUAUUAGCUCGUGCCCGCCAUCCCACUGACCCAUCUUAGGAUUUGUUAUACUAUUUUGCUGCCACUAUUCAUCAUUAAAGCUUCUCAACGGAAACAACAUCCACCUAAGCUCACAAAUACCGGAGACGUAUCAACAUCGUUGCUGUACAAGAGUAGUCCAAGAUGACUGAACUCACCAUCACCGAGCCUCACCCAACCGUCCCGAAGAACUCAUACACCCACUCGGGACGAGGUGGCGCUGGUAACUACUUCCGGGCUCCUAGCACAACACCGUCGUCCGGCGUAGCGACAAAGCCGACAUCAGUGCAACACACCACAUCGCGCUUCUACUCCGGACGAGGAGGAGCAGGCAACGCGCACGUCGCAGCCGCGAAGCCCGUUUUAUCCUUCGACGAGGAGUUCACCCACAAAAGCCACAUCGAGGAGAAGCCCGUCGGCUACGUUGGCCGGGGCGGCGCCGGAAAUGUCUACGGGGCCAGCGGCCCUAGCACCUCCCGCAAGGGCAGCGAUGCUUCCAGCCAGCACAGCUCAAGCAGCUCAGGUAGCUUGUCCAAUAUAUGGAGCCGCAUAAGCCACCGGUGCUAAGAGUCGCAACAGCUCCCGCUAAAUGAACAUCCAAUUAUUAAUUCACCACGACAUAUUUUUUUUUCAACAUAUUGCAUACUACACACCAUCAUCUCUCUACUUGAUCAUCAUCAUCAUCAUCAUCAUCAUGGGAAAGCAAGGCGCAUCGGAGUUUCGGGCAUCAUCGUACCCAAUCAACUACGGGUAUGAACAGGCAGGCAAGCAGGCAUCAUGAGCUCUGGAGACAGGGCACGGGAAAAGGAGGACACGAGAGAGAGAAAAAAAAAGUUUGGGGCCUCAGAGCAAACAGGAAACUCGAAAAUUUGGUUUACGGGAGAAAUAAGGAUAUUGGGGAACACUAACACCCACAACACCAUCUUACCUAUCUUCCCCCCUUCCGGCUGGCAGACUCCGGGACGAAGGAAACCUCGCAACAACUAACAGCAGUGUUUGUUUCUGGUGAAUAUUUACGAGCGAUAUAUACCCCCCAUAGCGACUUUUCAGCUGAAAAGGUCUUUGCGUUUUGAGGUUUAGGAAGGCAUAUAGCAUUCCGCUAGAUGGAACAGACAUAAGUAGUUGAUAUAACUACAAAUAAUUAAAAAAUACCUAUGAAUUAUACUCCCACCAUCCGUUUUUGA